UUGCAGCUCCGAUAGUCAAUUGUCCAGAAUUGUGGUUUCGUAUACCUUGGUCGGGUCUGUGUUUGCGUCGUCUAUAGCCAAGGAAGGAGGGUUUCCCCGAGCCUGUCAGCGGAGAUGGAAACGGAGCAUAUUUUGGACGAUAGUCUUGAUUCUGUUGAGGCACCCAUGACGGUGAUCUACGACAACAAUACCUCGCCCAUGAGUGUCACCACCAGUGGUGGCAUCCGUGGAGAUGACGGGGGCAGUGAUAAUGAAGAACAGGAGCCCAUGACCACUAUCCCCUUGACCCACUCUUCAAGUGGUGGGGUUGGGGGUGGGGGAGGGGGUAGGCGGAAAAAGGAAUCCACUGCACGGUACAACAAUGAGCGGGAGAUGUGCCUUCAGUGCUUUGAGAAGUGGAGUGAGCAGGACCAACUAGAGUUUAUGGAGCACCUCUUGUCCCGCAUGUGUCACUAUCAACAUGGCCACAUCAAUGCUUUCCUCAAACCUAUGCUACAGAGAGAUUUUAUCACACUUCUCCCAAAAAAAGGUCUUGAUCAUGUAGCAGAAAAAAUUUUAGGUUAUCUAGAUUUUAAGUCAUUAAGAGAAGCUGAGCUAGUAUGCAAAGAAUGGCACAGAGUUAUUGCUGAUGGUCUGCUGUGGAAGAAGCUAAUAGAGCGAAAGGUGCGCACGGACCCCUUGUGGAGAGGACUGUCUGAACGGAAGGGAUGGGGAAUGUACCUGUUUAAGCCGAGGCCUGGCGAGCAGCAUCCAGGACAUUCUUAUUACCGCAAACUCUACCCCCAAAAUUAUACAGGUGAAUAUAUCAUUAUGCAUGAUAUUCAAACUAUAGAAGCAAACUGGAGAAUGGGAAGGCAUAAUCUACAAAGGAUAAAUUGUAGAUCAGAAAAUUCCAAAGGUGUCUACUGCUUACAGUAUGAUGACCAGAAAAUUGUAUCAGGCCUCCGAGACAACACAAUCAAAAUAUGGGACCGAACUUCCCUGCAGUGUUACAAGGUGUUGACAGGACACACAGGCUCAGUGCUGUGUCUUCAGUACGACGAGCGUGUAAUUAUAAGUGGAUCUUCUGAUUCUACGGUGAGAGUGUGGGACGUAAACACUGGAGACAUGACCAACACUCUCAUCCACCACUGUGAGGCCGUCCUGCACUUGCGCUUCAACAAUGGCAUGAUGGUCACUUGUUCCAAGGACCGAUCCAUAGCUGUAUGGGACAUGGUGUCACCCACGGAAAUUAAUCUAAGACGUGUACUAGUAGGCCAUCGAGCAGCUGUGAAUGUGGUUGACUUUGAUGAGAAAUAUAUUGUGAGUGCAUCAGGGGACAGAACAAUCAAGGUAUGGAGUACAGGCACAUGUGAGUUCGUACGAACACUUAAUGGACACAAAAGAGGCAUUGCUUGCCUACAGUACCGUGACAGACUAGUAGUUAGUGGGUCUUCAGACAACACCAUAAGGUUAUGGGACAUAGAAUGUGGUGCCUGCUUAAGAAUACUGGAGGGUCAUGAGGAAUUAGUUCGUUGCAUAAGAUUUGAUAACAAGAGGAUAGUUUCAGGAGCAUAUGAUGGGAAAAUCAAGGUGUGGGAUCUUCAAGCUGCAUUGGAUCCUCGAGCUCCUGCGGGUACUCUCUGUCUGCGGACUCUAGUGGAACAUUCAGGAAGAGUGUUUCGCCUGCAGUUUGAUGAGUUUCAAAUAGUAUCAUCCUCACAUGAUGAUACCAUCCUCAUUUGGGACUUCCUUAACUGUUCCCCCUCAGACUCCACUGGGCCAGCUGGGGGUCGGUGCAGCUCUCCCUCCGUCGACACGAGCUUCUACCCCCUACAAUCUUGGGGACCUGGUGGGAAAGCUUGGUUUUCAGGUGGGGAAAGCUAAAACAUGGUGAAAUACCACCUCUUACCUAUAAAAAAAAAAAAAAAAAAAGCUGACUACUAUUGCUGCUGCUGUUGUGA